CCACAAGUCGCUGCAGAAGAAGGGCAGCAAACUUGUCUCCACGGUGACCCAGCUCCUCGACCGCCUCCUCCAGUACAGGAUGGUCAUGAACACGCCAGACAACUCCAUCGAAACGCGCAUGGGCUGCAUCGUGAACCUGCUGGACUUCUACUCCAAGAUCAACCGCAAGGAACUCUAUCUCCGCUAUGUCUACAAGCUCUGCAAGUUGCACCUCGACUGCGACAACUACACCGAGGCGAGCUACUCCCUAAUGCUGCACUCCAACCUGCUCUCGUGGACCCCGGCACCCCUCGGCCCGUCGCUGAAGUCACCCUUGCACGACACGGUGACGACCCACAAUGAACUGAAGGAGAGGCUCUACGAGGACAUCAUUGUGUACUUUGAUAAGGGAAAGAUGUGGGAGGAGGCGCUGAAGCUAUGCAAGGAGAUGGUCAAAUACUACGAGGUUGAGUGUUAUGACUAUGAGAAGCUGUCCGAGCUGUUGAUACGCAUGGCCGCCUUCUACAAGAACAUCAUGAACCCUCAGAUGCUACGCCCGGAGCCAAACUACUUCAGGGUUGCUUACUACGGCAGAGGCUUCCCGGCUUUCCUGCAGAACAAGGUGUUUGUGUACCGCGGGAACGGGUACGAGCGCCUGGAGGACUUCACCCGCCGCAUCCGUGACCAGUUCCCAAACGCUGAGCUGAUGACCAAACUCACGCCGCCCAGCGAAGAGGCCAAGGAAUCACCCCACCAGUACCUACAAAUCAACAACGUGGACUGUAUAACAAAGCCAAGCAACAAGAUCACCGAACCCAAUGUCUCGGAGCAGAUCGUGAGUUACUACCAAGUCAACCACAUAGACACUUUCACCUACUCGCGGCCCUUCCACCAAGGCACCAAGGACCCCAACAACGAGUUCGCCACACUCUGCAUCGAGAAAACCACGCUCAAGACGACCUACUCCCUACCUGGCAUCCUGAGGUGGUUCCCGGUGCCCCCAGAAAAUGCAAGUUCGGUGACACUCACGCCUCUUGAGAACGCAAUUGACACCAUGACACAGACUAAUGUUGAGGUGCAUGAGCUCGUUCGAAAAUACCUGCGAGACCGGACGCUGACGCUGCCCCUGCACCCGCUCACCCGCAAGCUGUCGGGGGUGGUGGACGCAGCGGUGAUGGGCGGCACGGAGAACUACGAGAAGGCCUUCCUUCAUGACAAGUAUGCAGAGAGUCACCCAGAAGAUGCUGAGAAGAUGGAGAAGCUGAGGGAACUGCUGGCUGAACAGAUCCCACUCCUUGAAGCUGGUUUGUUCCUCCACGGAAAUCGCGUCACAGAGCAGAUGAAGGCAUUACACACUCACCUGGCCAAGAGGUUCCUGGAGAUGAAGACGCAAUUGCAGCAGAAGUACGGCGUAGUGGAUAUGCCGGCAGACAUCAAGCUGCUGGUUCAGACGUUCCAGGCCGCCAACGACACAGGAGGACACUUGGCCCGCAGCUCACAGCACUACCACACUUCCACCGCCUCCAUCGCCCUGCACGAUAGCAUUGAGGUGGAUGAGAUGAACCGUCACAACCACCACAACCACCACCAGUCCACCACCUCCACCACCUCCAGCGGCAGCCCAAGGAACAGCUUCACCCGCGGCCUGUUCUCUCACUCUACCCUUCCCCAUAAGUCCCUGUUUACGGGCUUCUCCAACUCCCAGAUGUCCCUGGCGCGGCGCAGCAUAGCCAAGGGUGGCACGCUGCCCCGAGGCAUCAAGAUAGCAUCAUCGAGCAAUGGAGGAACACCAAAGUCCAACAAGAAUAACAAGGGGAUCAGUCGUCUGCUGCGGCGUGAGAGCUUCUCGUCCCACCGCGAGGGGUCAACACAGUGGUUUGACAAGACUGACGGCAUGCAGACCCCCCCGCAGCAGCCCAUCCUGGAGUUGAGUGAACAGCUGAUGUCACAGCGACCCAAGAAGACGGAGCUGGACGUGGAUAAAUAUUACUCCACUCGGCCGCGCUCCCUCACCCUCACCCCCACCACCCCCACCACACCCGCCACGUCAUCCAUCGGCUCCAGGGAAAGUCUCAGCACGCCAACGGGCUCCCUGUGCGAGGAGGACCAGCCGCCACCGCUGCCCAUGAAGCAGAGGGACCAGGACGGGGACUACAGGAUGAGCGUCGCGUCACUGUCGUCGGGGAAUAAGGUGGGCAGGCACUGACUCACUUGUGUAGUU